AUGAGGCAAAAGCUAGCAAAUGGCAGGAACGACCUGGGCAAGGCAGCCAGUACGGUGACGACGCCCCCGCGGCCUACCGUCGUCGCCUUUCAAGGCUACUCCUUUUUCAUCCGUUGCCAGCUUGUGAUUUCACCAUGUAAAAGAAACAGACGGCUUCUGAACCUGCGCUGGGGAAUUCUAGGCCCCUCGCCAAACCCACCAACACCUUCUCGACGGAUCAAAUUCAGACAAAGACUGUGUCCGAUAGUGGCUCGCGUGCUGCCACUUUGGAUCGCGAAACUUUUGCUCCCCUCAAACUCGGAUACCUCUACCUCCCACCCUCUCGGCACAAGGUGA